AUGGAUGUCCUAAACGAAAGAUUUGGUACUACACCAGAUGCAGAACUUAUAAAGAUGACCUUUACAUUUUCGGUCGUAAACUCUCCACCCACUGUUCGUGAUUUACAUCCUUCGAAAAACGCGAGUGUUCAAAUUGCAAGGACCGAUGACAAAGAUGUAUUAAAUUUAUCGAGGAAACGACGAGAAACAGCACGAGGACAUGGAUGUCCUAAACGAAAGAUUUGGUACUACACCAGAUGCAGAACUUAUAAAGAAUUAGAAGACGAUUUCAUCGCUUCUACGACUCAAACCGAACCAUCAAACACAACGACAGCUACAGUACAGGACGACAAACGUAUUGAGUCUAUGGAGACAGAUGUCGAUUUUUCAGUCGUGGCCCUAACUACUUCGGCUAUGACAACGAAAAUAAGUAAUGAGCAUAGAGAUACAGCUACUCAACAAUCAGAUAAUGUAUUAGAACCGAGCUUAAAUAUACUACCAUUAAAGACGGUGACAACAUCAAAACUUUCGGUUGCAGAAUUAAACCCUAUUUUUACAAAAGAUCCAAGACUUAUCAUGAAAACGUCAAACAAAGAGUUAAGAACUAUAGUGUGGACGCAGCCAGCAUCAGCUAUGAUUGUAAUCAAUGUCACUACAGCCAUGCCAUCACGAGUUGAACAAGAGCCACAUCUACUGGAAACCAACCAAGAUCUGUCUGAAAUAGAAGCAACAUCUGCUGUAUCACAGUCGAAUUUUGUAUCGGAAUCUGUAGUUACACAACUAAAAGAUAUGACAGAUCUAAAUAAUGUCACAAAAAGGGUGUCGUCCAAGAAGAAGUCAGGAAGAACAACUUUCAUUACAAAACUAGACUCAGUCGAAACAAAGCAAAAUCCCACAGCGACAAAGACACCUAUUGUGACAGAUCCGAACCCUGUAGUGUCCGAGUCGACAACAGGAGCUGACGAUGUAACACUUAGUACAACAGAUGUAACCUCAACACCUGAUGUAGUUGGAUAUGAACCCUACGGUCACGAAAAUAAAAGAGAUUGUUACCAGUGUGACAGUAGCAGAGACGUCAUAUUACUCACAUGGAGAUGUGCGUUGAUUCUGGUUGGCAUCAGUGUUAUCGUUUUGAUUUGUAUUAGUGUACGAAAGUACAAGAAAUUUAAGAAAUGUAACAUUGAAGAGGAAGCAUUUAAAAGAAAAACUAAACAAAUUGUGAACAGUAACCAGUGA